GGCAAAUGGCGUGCACUGCAACCUCCGUCUUUUGCAAGAGGUUUACCUACAGACCGUCGGUUGCCCACCCCCGGUGGUUCGCUGUAGGCGGGAUCCAAUAUAUGGGGGUGGUACAUCAUAUCAUAUCAUAUAUAUACCUUACCUGAUGCUAGCCUGCUCUAACCCUAAUAUGAGAAUACAAAUAAUUAUUCGUUACACCCAUAUUGUUUUUUCUUGGGGAUUCAUCCAAUGGGUGACCCAGAUCAAAUCAAGUGUGUUUUAAAUGGUGAAAUAACCAUCUUCAAAGAUUUGACUAACUCCUUUUUACCGAAGGAAGAUGGAUGUAGGCUUUAAGAAGCUUAGGUUAAAGAUAUAUAAUCGCUUCUUCCAGGAUGAGGUAUUUGGCACCGAACCUGAUGUAUGAACAUUUGAUUAAGAUGAAGGGUUACUUGAAGAAACCCCUGGUUGGAAUGGACGUGGGACUGAGUUUCAUUGGGGUAUCCAUCUCCAGUGAGGGCCAUAAAGUGGCUAGGCCUUUGCGGACCUUAAAUCGAGAUAAGGAUGACGUCAAGAAAGUCAUUAGAGAUCUCGUUAAUGAGCGCAACCUUUCGGGGAUUGUGCUUGGCUGGCCUACUUAUAACUUGAAGAGAACUGAUAACACUGGCACUGUGGAAAAGUUUGCCGAAGAGCUAUUUCAAAUGCAGGAUUUGGGAGACUUGCGCUUUACAACGUGGGGGGAAAAUCAUAUGACUAAGAUUGCAGAGCUAUUAAUAAACAAGUUGGAGUAUGCAGCCGGCGAAAAAGAACAGAAAAAAGCUGACACUGACAUGCUUGCAGCUACGAGUAUCCUACAGGGGUAUCUCGAUUAUAUUAAUUGUGACAAAACUCGGUUACAUUCGUGGAGCUUUAAGCUAUGUUCCUCUCAACUCUCACCAAAAUCACCACCAACCCCCAAAAAAAACCCCAAAAAAACCCCCAAAAAAACCCCCAAAAAAUAGAACAGGUUUUUCAUGUUCAUGGGAUAAAACAGAUUCGUAUGCAAUGGAGAUAAUACGUUCUCUGCUAAAAUCUUAUUUAAAUGUCUUUCCUAUAUUGUCGUCGUCAUCAUUGUCAGCUGGUGCUCAGAAGUCUUAGAAUGUUGGCACUCUUAAAUCUUUGUUUUUAAUGGACUUCAAUUAUCUUUUGUUGA